UGAUAAAGCCAACUCCAUCUGUUGGUCGAGAUAAGAAUUACAAUAGACUCGGAAUAUGGGAAAUGGGGUGUUCAGUGUGUAUGUGUAACCUUUAAGUGAUUGUAAAUCAGUGCCUUAAGCUUGCAGUUGCCACUUUCUGAGGUUUAUGGAUAACUGUUAAUUGAGGUUACUGUGAUUUUAAAGUGACGUUUAACAAUUGAAAUGUACAUGCCAAUGUAGUUUUAGAGUGUCUGACAAGUUUUGAGGAGUUCAACGUAAAUAAGGUCGAAGGUCAUCAAGGUCGCGAAGGCGCCAGUGUGGAGCUCCUAUUCAUCAAAAAAAGUGGCGAAAUUUUAUGAAUUGAAAAGGUACCAUUGUUGACGCUGGGGGACUUUCUCCACAACAAUCGUCAACAAUGACACCAACCGCGGCUUAUCCAAGGAAACUGCAAUGUUUUGGGAGAAGAAGAAGCGUGCACUAGAUAAUUAUUUAAAUAAAUAGUUAAAUAGCAGUAUAAGAUAUCUUCUGCUAAAAUGACUGACGGAUUUUUCAGAUUGAGGUGGACUAACCACUCCUCAACUUUAGUUAGUCUGCUAGACCAUUUUAGGUCACAGGGUCUUUUUUGUGAUGCAACUGUUGCCUGUGAUAGAAAAAUCUUCCCUGUUCACCAAGUGAUUUUGUCUGCGUGUAGUGAUUUCUUUUUCUCGUUGUUUGCGUCCACACAUCAUCAGAACCCUGUCAUAGUUCUGCAGGAUGUUGGUCCAUCUCAGGUUGAAAACCUUUUACUCUAUAUGUACUCAGGAGAAGCAAGAGUGCCUCAGCAUGAUUUACCAGAGUUCAUGAAGGUUGCAGAGUCAUUGAAAAUAAAAGGUCUUACUAGUCCUAGUUUAUCUUCAGUGGCAGAUGGCUGCAAAAAGCAAAGCCAGUGUAGUAUUACUGCCGAAAAUGUUUUAUCUUACCAAAGAUUGCCAAGUCACCUUCCUAUUUUGCACCCUAAAGCUCAGCCAUUAGAAAAGUCUGCUCAUGACAUUCCUAAAUAUCAUUCUACCACUUUCAAGCAGAAUCCAAGUCAAGGUGAUUGCAGUAGUGAGAAAGUUAGUGAACAGAAGCAUUUGAACAAUCCAAGGAAAGAACCUCUUGAACUUGAAAAGAAGGUUUUUUUGCCGAGUAGGAUUGACCCAAGCAGAGACCAGUCUCUCAAUGAACAAAAAGAUGACGAAGAACCAUAUUCCACUGGCUUGAACAUACACCAUAAAAAAAUAAAAGAAGAAAACAAGCCAAUACCUACUAGUCAUAACAUGCCUAAUCCUGUUGAGACUGACUGUGAAAUGACCAAUGGUAUUAAAGAGGAAGUGCCAGAUACUGUAGAAAGUUACAGCAACCACUUAGUUACUGAUAUGGACACAUGUUUCAAGGAUGAUGAAGAGGACACAAAGGAACUCUUUAUAGCUGAAGAUUUUGGAAGCUGGAAUUCCCAGCACCGAGAUGACUGUCUUCAAGAGUUUGACAAGUCAAAUGAACAUUUGAAUGUUCAAAGCACAGAACCCCCUUCUCAGGAUGGAUGUGAAUCACAACUACGUCGAGAAUUACUAAGACCAGUUCAUACAAAAUCAAGUCCAAUCCGUUUACCAUGGCAUAGAGUUCAACCCAAUGUUCCCCUAACUAUACCAUUGAAAUCUCAGCAACCUCCUAUUUUAAGACAUCAGCAACCUUCUACAAUAAGACUUUCCCAGCAUCUGUCCUCAUUAGGACCUCCCCAGCAACCGUCUUCCAUAAGACCUCUCCAGCAACCUCCUCCAUUAAGGCCUCCCCAGCAUCCUUCCCCCUUUAAGGCUACUUCAACCUCUGAGGGAACCUCCACCUCUAAUGAAAAUCUCUUCAAAGAUGCCUGUGCAGGGAGGGGAUAUUGCUGAAAGAAGUCCCCAACCUGUGGCCAUACGAGAAUCUCGUGAUCGAGGACCUCACAGCACUCAUCUUUUGGUUGAAGCUCCACCUACAUAUCAGUCAUGCACAGUGAUAAGACAGUUAACAGG